CUGCCGCAGCUUUAAACUGCUACGUUUUUGUUUUUAAGAUCGUCUCUGAUUUACGUCCGGCUCGUUUUGUCUCUCUGCCGCCGACUGAGGCGAUAACUCUGACGUCCGACCAGCAUCAGGCCGGCGAGUUGAGCUCAAGAGACGGAUAUUUCCCUCCAGAAGGUGGUGGAGACCAAACACGGAGCUAAGAGAGACUUUACCUGCAUCAGCUCCAUGGGCCAAUCAUCAUGAGACUCCUCAACAACCCCCUCUCCUCGCUCCGCCCCCUCCUACAAUGCCCACCCCUCCCUCUGCGCCGUCGCUGCUGCCUGUCAACCCUCUCGGCCAAUAGCGGCACACUAUCAUGCAGACGCCUCAGCACAGAUGGCCCCGCCCCUCCGCCCGUGAUUGGUCAGGACUCUGUGGCAGUAUUGGGCCACUCCUACCCGCGAGAUGACUUCACCAACGUCACACCGAGGAUCUUGGCAAAGGUCGGCCUCAACCUCCACAACCAAUCCCAUCAUCCUCUGUGGCUGAUCAAGGAGCGGAUCAAAGCUCACUUCUACAGUGCUUACGUCGGUCGGUGGGGGAACCCGCUCUUCUCCGUUCAUGAUAACCUGAGCCCGGUGGUCACGGUGGAGCAGAACUUUGACAGCUUGCUGAUCCCGCCCGGCCACCCCAGCAGGAAAAAAGGAGAUAACUACUACCUGAACAGGAAGACGAUGCUCCGCGCCCACACCUCCGCCCACCAGAGGGAGCUGGUGAGCUCCGGACUCGACGCCUUCUUAUUGGUCGGAGACGUUUACAGGCGGGACGAGAUCGACGCCAGCCACUACCCCGUCUUCCACCAGAUGGAGGGAGUCCGCCUCUUCUCCAACCACGAGCUGUUCUCUGAGGUGCAGCACGGGCAGGACUUGUCCCUGUUUGAGGCUGCAGGACGGCGGACGCCUCAGAAACAGGAGACUCACUCUCUGGAGGCCGUGAAGCUGCUGGAGUUCAACCUGAAACUCACUCUGACUCGACUCGUCACUCAGCUGUUCGGAGAAGAUCUGGAGGUGCGGUGGGUCGACUGUUACUUCCCCUUCACUCACCCCUCCUUUGAGAUGGAGGUGCGUUUCCAGGGCGACUGGAUGGAGGUUCUGGGAUGUGGAGUGAUGGAGCAGGAGCUGCUGAUCUCAGCGGGGGCGGGGCACAAGGCGGGCUGGGCGUUCGGCCUCGGCCUGGAGAGACUGGCCAUGGUUCUGUUCGGCAUCCCGGACAUCCGGCUGUUCUGGAGUCAGGACCAACGCUUCCUCAAGCAGUUCCAGGUGGACGACGUCCAGCAGCCCGUCUGCUUCCAGCCCCUCAGUAAGUUCCCCCCCCUCCACAACCACAUCUCCUUCUGGCUGCCGGAGGACGAAGACGACUUCACGGAGAACGACUUCUACGAGCUGGUCCGCUCCAUCGGAGGAGACCUGGUGGAGAAGGUCUCACUGGUGGACCAGUUCACACAGCCCAACACCGGGAGGAGGAGUCAGUGCUACAGCAUCAUCUACCGUCACACAGAGAGAACUUUGACUCAGCAGGAGGUCCGACUCGUCCACCAGGAGAUCGAACGCAGCGCAGAGACGGAGCUGGGAGUCCAGGGGAGAUACUGACACACACACACACACACACACACACAUAAAUACACACACAAACACACACAUACACACACACACAAACACACAUACACACACACACACACACACAGACAUACACACAUACACACACACACAUACACACACAUACACACACACACACACAGACAUACACACAUACACACACACACAUAUACACACACACAUACACACACACACACAGACACAUUUGUAUGUUUCUUUCUGUUUGAGUUUCUUUACAUUUGACCAUUAAAACUUUAUUUAAAUGC